AUUUUUUCAUAUUUGAUUAUUUUCUCCCAAGCUUAACCCUUACCCUAUUAUCUUAUAACCUUACCUUACUACAAUCUCAAUCUCUCUCUCACCCUUCUUACCCUCUUGGAAUCUCUUUCUCUCUCUUGGUUUUUAAUUCCCUCUAUCUUUCUUGCUUCUAUAUAUAUUGGCCAAUAUUAAGUUUUACUGUUGUGAUUCAUAGCCUGUCUUCAAAGCAAGCAGUUGAGAGAGAAAGAAAGAGAGAGAGACAGAGAUAGAGAGAGAGAAUAAAAAGGCUUUUGCUGCUUUGCUUUCUUUUCUCCCUGGCGUAUUUGAAAUUUCGCAAAAAUUUUGUUUGUUUUUUUUUUUUUUAUGAUUUGUCUUUUGCUUUUCUUUUCUUGCCUUCUUCUUGAGUAAAGAAAGCAGCAGUGCCUGAGAGAUCAUUGAUCAGUCUGGUGCCCUUUGGUUAUUAUUGCUCUCUGUUUGCUGAGAAAGAAAAGAAAAGAAAAGAAAAGAAAAAGAGAAAAACAACAUGUCGAGCUGCGUCGAUGUUGCGCCUGAGCAACUCUGCUACAUACCCUGCAACUUUUGCAAUAUUGUUCUCGCGGUGAGCGUUCCAUGCAGCAGCCUGCUCGACAUCGUGACGGUCCGAUGCGGGCACUGCACCAAUCUAUGGUCCGUCAACAUGGCCGCCGCGUUUCAGUCACUGUCGUGGCAACAAGAUCAUCAUCAUCAUCUGCAGGCACAAAAUUACAACUACAAUGUACCGGAUUAUCGGAUUGACUCAGGCUCUUCAUCACGAUGCAACGUUAACAAGCUUGCAAUGAGAGCUCCCAAUGCUAAUAAUGUCUCUGAGGAAAGGGUUGUGAACCGACCUCCCGAGAAGAGGCAGCGAGUCCCUUCUGCAUAUAAUCAGUUUAUAAAGGAAGAGAUUCAAAGAAUCAAGGCUAAUAAUCCUGAAAUUAGCCACAGGGAGGCCUUCAGUACUGCCGCUAAAAACUGGGCACACUUCCCUCACAUUCAUUUUGGGCUGAUGUUGAAGACCAACAACCAGACUAAGCUGGACAAUGGGUCUGAGAAGCAUCUUAUGCCAUCAAGAGCUGCAAAUGCGCUGAUGUGAUAUCUUGAUAAUAAGCAAGAGAAGUACUAGUACUCAAAAUUGAAAUCCAAGUUCUUUGAGUUUAUGAAUUGCUUCAAUUUCCAUGUGUUUGUUUGUAAGGACAUAAGUACUAUAUCUUUAUUCUCUCCCUACUUGUUACUAGUUACUUAGCGGAUGUUUAUCUCUAUCAUGACUUGAAGUAUCUAAAGCUACGUACGUGAUUUCCACUGUCAUCUUCCUCAGUUAACUCUUUAUACUGAAGAUUAGUGACAUUGUAAUAAAUUAUGUGUUUGUUAAUUAUUAAUCGUUCGUUUUUGUCGUCUCC